GGUCGAUACGUGACACAAGUUUGACGUCAUUAUGAACGACAGGCGUACCAUGAACCCCAACCGGUAAACAGGUGGUCAGUGAGAAAAUAAGCGCAAGGGAUCCAAAAGAAAAUCUGAAUGCUUUUACCCAAAGAAAGUGUUUGAAAAAUCAUGGAUACGGAAAAAGAAAGUGAGGAAAACGUAGAAAAGGACGGCGAGAUUUCACCAAAUUCUGAAAGUGCGACAAUUGUUUGCUGCGAAGUCCGCGAGCGUCCCAGCCUAGGAUGGGGCCGAGUAAGACCUGGAUUCCUGCAGUUCCUGCACAACCCUCAAUGGUUCACAGUGUUCUUAUGCAUGUUCAUCCUGACCCAGGGCAUCUUAAUAAACGGCGUCACAUCACUAGUCAUCACGACCAUUGAAAAGCGAUUCUCGCUGAGCAGCCUCAAGGCGGGUGCGAUCACAAGCACUAACGAGAUCUCCGUGGCUAUCAUGGGGGUAUACGUGAGCUAUUUUGGCGCGCACGGACACAAACCGAGGUGGAUUGGGACGGCUGCGUUGCUAAUAGCAACAGGUGGACUUCUGUUCUCCGUGCCUCAUUACAUCAGUGGUGAAUAUAAGGAGGGUGGGGUGGGUAGGACUGGGUUUUUCGGAUGUUUAAAUUCAAAUAAGAGUAAUACUACUCAUUUGCUGUGUGAUGGACAGCGCGCACCAAAUUCGCUUCAGUUUGUUAUUUUCAUUGUGGCGCAGGUUCUGAUUGGUGCGGGCGCCGCGCCGGUAUUCACUUUAGGGACAGCUUUUAUCGAGGAAAGCGUUAGCCAAUCAGCCUCGCCGUUAUAUAUCGGCGCAAUGUAUACGACCGCUGCACUUGCGCCCGCGAUCGGGUUCUUUAUUGGGGGCGCUUUUUUGAACAUGCACGUGGAUUUAGUAUCAGAAACUGGCCUAAAGCCUACGGACCCUGAAUGGGUUGGGGCCUGGUGGCUUGGUUUUCUUGUGUGCGGAGCAAUGGCUCUUUUUACAGCCCUGCCACUGUGUGCCUAUACAAAAACGUUCCCUCACGUUGCGGAAAGGAGAGCAACUGAACAAAGUCUCAAAAAGGGCGGUAAGACAGUAAUAAAAAGCUCAGAGAACUUGGUUUCAUCGAAGAAAAGGACAUUGAAGAGGUUUCUGAUCAAACUUGGACGGACUGUACGAAGCAUGCUAAAAGCGAUAAGGAUUGUACUUAGUAACGCAACAUUUAUAUUCGUCACGAUAGCGAUGGCUCUUGAGAAAAUGCUGAUUUUCGGGUUUGGUGUUUUCUUUCCCAAACUAAUCGAAUCUCAGUUCGGAAUUACUGCAUCGCGAUCAAGCAUAUACACUGGGCUCGCGGUGGUGCCUGGGAUAGCAGGAGGGACGUUAGUAGGAGGAAUCGUGUCGGCUAAGUUGAAUUCGGACCCUUCCCGGAAUGCUAAGCUGGCUGUUGUGGUCACGUUAGUUGCUAUGGCAGCGUCAGGGACGCUUGUGAUUGGUUGCCCUGAUGUGAAUAUUGCCAGGAUUACGCAAAGGACGACCUUGGCCUUCAAUCUGACAGCUUCAUGUAAUAGUCACUGCGCAUGCGAGCCUGCGCUCUAUAGCCCAGUUUGUGGUAGCGAUGACAACAUGUAUUUCUCGGCUUGUUACGCAGGCUGUACGCAACAAUCACAGCCUGGCAUUUACACCAACUGCAGCUGUGUGGCUUCCGCUGACGGUACCGAGGGUUCGGCAGUAAGAGGGGCGUGCGAGAAUCCUUGUAAUAAGCUUGUCGUGUACCUCGUCUGCUUGUUUAUUGUUCUGUUUCUCACAUUCCUGCCGGAGAUACCUACCACAACGGUGUUACUAAGGUGCGUCAACGACCACCAUAAGUCGCUAGCCCUAGGUCUCCAAUGGCUCAUCAUUGGCAUCGUCGGGAGAAUACCUGGCCCAGUUCUCUUUGGCUAUCUUAUAGACGACGCCUGCCUGCUGUGGCAGCAAGACUGUGGUCAGCGGGGUAGCUGUGUAGGGUACUCAAACACGCACCUGAGCCGGCUCUCGGUGAUUUCGGCCCUAACUAUAAAGGUCCUGUCAGCUGUUUGCUUUUCGUUGGCCUGGUGGUUUUAUAGACCUCAAAAAGGAGAUACUACACAAGAAGAAGUGGCUUUAAAUGUUUACCCUGCUUUCAGUGAGGUGGCGGUUUUACCAGUUCAAGAAACCAACGCUGUUGUAAAAGAAGAGAACUGUAUCACCUGAGAAAGCGAUCUUACCCUGAGAAGAUUUUUAGAUUCUGCAGGAGUGGAUCCAGAAUUUUAUCAAAAGGGGUGGAUUAGAGGGUAUGGACCUAAGUAUGAUACUUUAUUUGCUAUUUUGUGCAAAAGAAAUUGCCUCCUCUGCAGGCAACUCCGAAUUAAAACGAAAAGAAAAAAACGGGUUACUUGUGGGGAAAUUAAGGAAAUGGGAGACUAAGGAGAAGUAGAGAGCAAAAGAGGGAAAUGGGGCGAGGAAAAAAGGCUUCUACAGAGUGUAGACACUUCAGUUAUUCUCAAGCUCAUUGUAAAAAAAACGUUUUUUUUUUCAUACCUGAUAAGGACUACAAUUGGUUCCGAUAUUGUAGAUGUUAUAGUUCAUUUGUGUGGUUUGCAUUGUAUGUAAUGCAUCCUUAUAUAAAAAUCAAUAAAAUACGAUAAAUGAAUAGAAUAACAUUAAGUAAAAAAAAUUACUGGUUAGGAAGAGAAGGCGGAAAUUGAUUACAAAAGCUGUGAAUUACCUCAUAUAAUGUGAUGAAAAUAAGAUCGGAAGGUUUUUCAAAAGUCACAUUUCCUUGCGUGACGG